AGAGAGAGAGAGAGAGAGAGAGCGCGUUUGGGGGAGGGAUGGUGGGAGUGGAGAAUGUCUUGAACUGCAGAGGGAGGGUUAGAAAGAGCAGAGGCUCCAGUGAUUUUUAACUCCUUCCUCCUCAGGAAGAGUGUAGGUACAGCAGCGAGCUGAAAGAACCUCUGUGAAUCCCACCCCACCCCCACCUGUCCCUUAAGCUGUUCCCCAAACAUCAGCCACGCGGGAUCUGACAUAACCUGGUUGGGUUGGGGGAUGGGGGGGAGCCCAAUGUGAUGUGUGAUCAUGCUGUGUUGCAUUCUCAGCUUCUUUCCCUGUUAAUUAAAGUUGGAGAAAGGGAGAGGGAGUCUGCUCAGGAGAGGAGGCUCACUCAACCAGCUGCCCUUGAUUCCACUCCAUUGUCCUCCUAGGGCCAGGUGUGGAUGCCUCGGCAUUGAUGGAGCCAUAAGGAAAGCUGCCCCUGCUGCUUCUCAGGGGGUGGCAGGGUAACUGCUCCACAGAGGUGAGGGGAUGGAUGCCCGGACAGUGCCAACCGUGACUGCCAUGGAGGUGCCCAACAUCAAAGAUUUCCAUUGGAAGACCCUGGCCCCAUUGCCCAGUCGUCGGGUCUACUCAUCUCUGGUGGAGGCUGGAGGACAGGUCUAUGCCAUAGGAGGCUGUGAUGACAACGGGGUCCCUAUGGACUGCUUUGAAGUCUACUCCCCUGAGGCUGACCAGUGGACUUCCUUGCCCCCCAUGCCCACAGCCCGGGCCGGGGUGGCUGUCAUUGCCCUGGGGAAACGGAUUAUGGUGAUUGGGGGUGUGGGGACCAAUCAGCUGCCCCUGAAGAUUGUGGAGAUGUACAACAUCGAUGAAGGCAAGUGGAAGAAGAGGAGUGUGCUGAGGGAGGCUGCCAUGGGCAUCUCCGUCACUACAAAAGAUUACAGGGUAUAUGCAGCAGGAGGAAUGGGGCUGGAUCUCCGCCCCCAUAACCACCUACAGCACUAUGACAUGCUCAAGGACAUGUGGGUAUCAUUAGCCCCUAUGCCCACCCCAAGGUAUGCUGCUACUUCCUUUCUCCGAGGUUCCAAGAUUUAUGUGCUAGGGGGUCGUCAAUCCAAAUAUGCAGUCAAUGCCUUUGAGGUCUUCGAUAUUGAAACACGCUCAUGGACCAAGUUUCCCAGCAUCCCCUGCAAGCGAGCUUUCUCCAGUUUUGUCCCCAUGGAUGGCUAUCUGUAUAGCCUGGGGGGCCUGCGGCAAGGCCGCCUCUACCGACAGCCCAAGUUCAUGAGGACUAUGGAUGUGUUUGACAUGGAACAGGGAGGUUGGAUGAAGAUAGAGAGGUCUUCGUUCCUAAAGAAGCGCAGAGCUGACUUUGUAUCAGGAUGCUUAAAAGGAAGAGUCAUAGUGGCUGGUGGUCUGGGGAACCAGCCCACAGUACUGGAGACAGCAGAGGCCUUCCACCCAGAGAAGAACAAAUGGGAGAGCCUGCCCCCCAUGCCCACUCCCCGCUGUGCCUGCUCCAGCAUCGUCAUCAAAAGCUGCCUCCUCGCAGUGGGAGGCGUCAAUCAGGGACUGAGCGAUGCUGUGGAAGCCCUGUGUGUCUCAGACUCCUAGCCUCGGCCUGGCUCUCCCUCGAGAACCUGGCUCCUCAGAAACUCGUUCCUUGGCAGGGCUGGGGGAUUUACUCAGCUUCUUAUAUGGCAGAAAAGUGGGCAAAAUCUCCAGGGGCCCAAACUUCUGAAAUCCACCCACCUUCACCAGGGCCUCUCUUCCAAGAGUACAGAAAAUGCUCCCUGAAAAGUCACUGAACAAACGUCCAAAGGGUCUCUAGCAGGGACUGUCCCACCUCAGCUAUUGAAAGAUAGAUGGACGCUACCCUGUCCAUGCUGUCCAUACCCUUCCCAUAACUGUCCUUAUGGCUGGAGACAGCAUUCCAUGUCUCCCAGAGCCCAAUGCAAUAGGCCGUUCCUCCCCUCAGCAAUUUGGGGGACUGCCUUAACUCGGUGAUAGACUAGGGCCAGGCUUUGUCUGACAAGCAGGGAAAAGAAGGCAGGGAGCUGCAAAUGAGGGCAAACAUGGCCCUAGGAAAAAUGAGACAGAGAAGACAUCUCCAUAGUGGCAGUGGUGGGGGCUAGCAGAAGCUGAAGAGACCAGCUCUGACAGGCUACAGAACAGGGGCUGCCCAACCAGUCAUGGAGCGGAUGCUGGAUUUACUAAAACUGUUCAGCAUGCUGACAUCCCGCCGGUGAUUCCUCCAGUUGUAGCCGCAGUUCCAGGUGUGUUUGGCCAGCCCUCUUCUCACCACCCCCUCCCCACCAUGUAACUUCAGGCCGCCCUAGGAUCAUAAUAAGCACAGAGAAGGGGAUCCUCCCAAUUUUUGAAAGGGGUUUGCAAAACAAGUCUGGAUACUUCCUCUGCUCCAAAUUGGAACUAGCAAUAGCAGCAACCCUGAGACCCAACAAGAAAAUGGGGUCACUGGAUGUCCAGGUCUUGAGCAAAGAAACAGGAAACCCCUCUCCUGCUGGGUUUGUCUACAUCAGCAACUUCCCAGAUGCCAAAGUAUCAGUAUCAAAAAAGCGAUGGAUCCGCAUAAAGCUGUUUCCCAUCAGGAUGGCUGACCCAGCUGUUUCUGAUGGAGGCUUGCCCACUGAAAGGUGAGAGGAAUACAGGCUGGAAUACAGGCACGGUGCAGAGAUUAGAGACAGGUUAGGGUAAGGUAGGAAAAGGAAGGUGUCCAAGGCUGAGCUCUUUCCUGGGCUGAGCUUGGAGCAUUGACUCUUUCUCUAGACAGUCCCACGCUGACUCUGGGAAUCUUUCACAUCAACCUAAAGACAAGGGGAUAGCAGGCCGAAUUAUUCUAUCCUUGAGAUAUUUAGUGCAUGUGGCAUUUCGGCCACAGACUGCGGGCCCCCCCCCCCCCCCCAUAUCACACACAGGUGUAAAAUCAAAGCGAUCUAAUGGGCGUUUCCAUAUCUGCAGACUUGACCACCAACUUUCUGGCUGACAUUGAGGAGGGGCAGGAGGAAUCCUUACAGUGAUCGGAAUGGUUUUAAGCAAAUCCAAAAAACUUCACGUCUCUGGUGCAUUGUUUUACUAGAGGAUGGUCUCUGCCCUGUAGCCUGGCACAGCUGGCACUCUCCCAGGAUAGUUUCCAGUCCUCAACAAAUUUCUGGUUACAGUCAUGGUCCCCUGUCUCCUCCUGCCUGGCGCCAUCCUCGUCUCACUAUCAAGCACAUUCAGUCCUAUGUCCACAUGUUAGACUUCAGCCCUUCCUUUCCCUCAGGUUUGGAGGACUGUUUGCAAGUCAAGGUUUAGCCCCAGAUAUUUGUUGGUUUAGGGCAAUUCUGCAGAGAGGGCCACGGAGAACAAUGGUGGGGGAUUUCCUACUCACCAGUGGUACUGAAUUCUAACACCCUGUUAUAUUGGAUAAGAAGAUAAGGAAAUUAUGAACUGAAAGAGUUGGAAACCAGAUUACCACUCUUAUCUCACUGAUUUCAGUGAAUUGGCAUUGUGAGAAUAAUCUGGCUUCCUGGGGCCUAGCCUGGGGACGGAAACAAUAGAGUUCCUCAAUUCCUCCUCUCUUCUCAAUACCAUUCAAAUGGGAACCUCUCUCCACCCUAGCUUCCUGGAGAGACCUGAACUUGGACAUAAAAGAAAGGAGAUGCAGCUCAGCUGCAUAGGGGUCUGGUUAUCAGACCAUUUCCUAGAAUGGCCUAUUUCCAUUUGGAGUUGUUCUGAGCAGGAGCUGAACCCUAAUCCGAGAGGAGUGCCCCCUCUUCUUCCAGUUCCCUUCCCCCUGAGGCCUGGUAUUAAUGUCACUGUUCUCCCAGGACCCUUUCCCUGGGGCAGGGAUAGGGAUUUCCUGUUGACACUGUGCCAUCCAAAUCCACCUUGGAUGCGUUAAUUGCACUUCUGGUUAUUAGCAGCAGCACAAUGAUUAAAGUCUAUAUUCCUAUGUUCUCUCGCACCGUUUUAUGGGAUGGGAGGUGGGGCAGGAUGAUGACCACCAUGGGGGAAAGAGACACCAAGGAGAGACCCCUUCUCUUAAG